AGCCACUAGACGCGCCACCACCAUCUUCUGCAUGUGCAACAUUUGCAGCCGGACAGGAAACCGCUCUCGGGGCCAUGGAGACUGCGGGAAAAAUCUGGCAGCUCGCGGCGGAUUGCUGAAGGGGGGCGGUCAUAAUCACCAAACACCCACACCUCUCUCCUUUCCUUUUUUUUUUUUUGUUUGUUGUUGUUUUUAAUUUUAGCGCCGUCGUCGUCAAUGCCUCUCUGAAGAGCCUUUAGGAAGAGUGAGAGAGAGAGAGCGCGCGCCAGGGAGAGCAGAAAAGAAGAUGAGGAUUAUUUGCAGACACAUUGUCUUGUUGUUUUCUGGGUUCUGGGGACUCGCCAUGGGAGCCUUUCCGAGCAGCGUGCAGAUAGGUGGUCUCUUCAUCCGAAACACAGAUCAGGAGUACACGGCUUUUCGAUUAGCAAUUUUUCUUCAUAACACCAGCCCCAAUGCGUCGGAAGCUCCUUUUAAUUUGGUACCUCAUGUGGACAACAUUGAGACAGCCAACAGUUUUGCUGUGACAAAUGCUUUCUGUUCCCAGUAUUCUAGAGGAGUUUUUGCCAUUUUCGGACUUUAUGAUAAGAGGUCAGUACAUACCUUGACCUCAUUCUGCAGCGCCCUACACAUCUCCCUCAUCACGCCCAGUUUCCCCACUGAGGGGGAGAGCCAGUUCGUGCUGCAACUGAGACCUUCCUUACGGGGAGCACUGCUGAGCCUGCUGGAUCACUACGAAUGGAACUGUUUCGUCUUCCUGUACGACACAGACAGGGGGUACUCAAUACUUCAAGCUAUUAUGGAAAAAGCAGGACAAAACGGUUGGCAUGUCAGCGCUAUAUGUGUGGAAAAUUUUAAUGAUGUCAGCUAUAGGCAACUUCUAGAAGAACUUGACAGACGACAAGAGAAGAAAUUCGUAAUAGACUGUGAGAUAGAGAGGCUUCAAAACAUAUUAGAACAGAUUGUGAGCGUUGGGAAGCACGUAAAAGGCUACCAUUACAUCAUUGCAAACUUGGGAUUCAAGGAUAUUUCUCUUGAGAGAUUUAUACACGGUGGAGCCAAUGUUACAGGAUUCCAGUUGGUCGAUUUUAACACACCUAUGGUGACCAAACUAAUGGAUCGUUGGAAGAAACUAGACCAGAGAGAGUAUCCAGGAUCUGAGACUCCUCCAAAGUACACAUCUGCUCUGACUUAUGAUGGAGUCCUUGUGAUGGCCGAAACGUUCCGCAAUCUUAGAAGACAGAAAAUUGAUAUUUCCAGGAGAGGAAAUGCUGGGGAUUGUCUUGCAAACCCCGCCGCUCCCUGGGGCCAGGGGAUUGACAUGGAGAGAACACUCAAACAGGUUCGCAUUCAAGGACUGACAGGGAAUGUUCAAUUUGACCACUAUGGACGUAGGGUCAAUUAUACAAUGGAUGUAUUUGAGCUGAAGAGCACGGGGCCCAGAAAGGUUGGUUACUGGAAUGAUAUGGAUAAAUUGGUCUUGAUUCAAGAUGUACCCACUCUUGGCAAUGACACGGCAGCUAUUGAGAACAGAACAGUGGUUGUAACCACAAUUAUGGAAUCCCCAUAUGUUAUGUACAAGAAAAAUCACGAAAUGUUUGAAGGAAAUGACAAGUAUGAAGGAUACUGUGUAGAUUUGGCAUCUGAAAUUGCAAAACAUAUUGGUAUCAAGUAUAAAAUUGCCAUUGUCCCUGAUGGAAAGUACGGAGCAAGGGAUGCAGACACAAAAAUCUGGAAUGGGAUGGUAGGCGAACUUGUUUAUGGGAAGGCAGAGAUUGCUAUCGCCCCUCUGACAAUCACUUUGGUCCGGGAGGAGGUCAUUGACUUCUCUAAGCCCUUCAUGAGUUUGGGCAUAUCUAUCAUGAUCAAAAAGCCUCAGAAAUCUAAACCAGGAGUGUUUUCCUUCUUGGACCCUCUGGCCUAUGAGAUUUGGAUGUGCAUAGUCUUUGCCUACAUCGGCGUCAGCGUGGUGUUAUUCCUAGUUAGCAGGUUUAGUCCGUAUGAGUGGCACACAGAAGAGCCAGAAGAUGGGAAGGAAGGACCCAGCGACCAGCCUCCCAAUGAGUUUGGCAUCUUUAACAGCCUCUGGUUUUCCCUGGGUGCCUUUAUGCAGCAAGGAUGUGACAUUUCACCCAGAUCCCUCUCAGGUCGAAUUGUUGGAGGUGUUUGGUGGUUCUUUACGCUCAUCAUUAUAUCAUCUUACACCGCUAACCUCGCCGCUUUCCUGACGGUUGAGCGAAUGGUCUCCCCCAUAGAAAGUGCGGAAGAUCUGGCCAAACAAACAGAGAUUGCCUAUGGAACCCUGGACUCAGGGUCAACAAAAGAAUUCUUCAGAAGAUCAAAAAUAGCGGUGUACGAAAAGAUGUGGACCUACAUGCGAUCCGCAGAGCCGUCUGUGUUCACUAGGACUACCGCGGAGGGAGUAGCUCGGGUCCGAAAAUCCAAAGGCAAAUUCGCCUUCCUCCUGGAGUCCACUAUGAACGAGUACAUCGAGCAGCGCAAGCCGUGUGACACAAUGAAAGUGGGAGGAAAUCUGGAUUCCAAAGGCUAUGGAGUAGCUACACCCAAGGGUUCUUCAUUAAGGAGGAGGACAGAGGAGAACUAACCAGCUCCAGGACCAAGAACUCCUGUAAACCUUGCCGUUUUGAAACUCAGUGAGGCAGGCGUCUUAGACAAGCUGAAAAACAAGUGGUGGUACGAUAAAGGUGAAUGUGGACCCAAGGACUCCGGAAGCAAGGACAAGACGAGCGCCUUGAGCCUGAGCAACGUGGCAGGCGUCUUCUACAUUCUGGUCGGCGGCCUGGGCUUGGCAAUGCUGGUGGCUUUGAUAGAGUUCUGUUACAAGUCCAGGGCAGAGGCGAAGAGAAUGAAGCUGACCUUUUCUGAAGCCAUAAGAAACAAAGCCAGAUUAUCCAUCACUGGGAGUGUAGGUGAGAACGGCCGCGUUUUGACGCCCGACUGCCCCAAGGCUGUACACACGGGAACGACAAUUAGACAAAGUUCAGGAUUGGCUGUCAUUGCAUCGGACCUACCAUAAAAACCAAAAACAUAAUUGAGUGCCUUAAUCAAACUGUGUUGGUGACCGACGGGAGCGCGGCCCGGGGCGCGCCAAGCAGAUGCCCUGGACCAGGCCUCUGGCCAGAGCGGGCAGUGCGUCCUGACGCUCCCCGUUCCGCAGCAGCAACGCGUGCAUGAGCUCAGCUCGGAAACCCAAACUCAGAUUUUCUAUCAGGAAAACUCACAAUUUAGGUUUUUUCGGGGAGCGGGAGGGUGGGGGGGGAGCUGGGAUGGGCGUAUUAACAGCAACAAAUUUCACUCGAGUGGACUUAAAAACUAAUCAGACUUGCGAGUUAGCGCAUCAGACUGUGAAGUUCUUGCUCGGAAAGGCCUGUCUUCACCGCAAGGGAUAAACUAGUUAGAGAAGUCAGUGAACAUGCUAACGUGCGUCUCCAGAACACCCACGUGGUCCGUGGGAGACUCUCCAGCGAGAAAACACAGCACGAAACUGUGAUCGGAAAAUAAUCAACACUCAUGUAAAUUCUGUGAAAAAAUUUAAAGGAAGUAUUUACACUUACUUUGGAGAAAACAAAUACUGAAACAUGCUUGCUUUUUAACUGAUGUAAAUUCAGUAGAGGACAACACAAUUCUUUUUUCUAACCAUCUUAGGGAACAAUACAUUGCAAUAAUUGAUAUAAAUGCCAUCACUGUAAUAAACUUUAGAGACUUUUUUUUUUUAUAAAAGUCGUUGGUCAUCUCCUUGUUGCAGUAACCUCCGCUCUGUCACAUAGUCGGUGUCCCCAGAUCGCAUUUGUCUCACUACCCGGAACACAAACACAAACAAAGACAGCGUUACCGUGAAAUCAUCAGUCUGCGAUGUAGAAUCAAAAGAGACUACGGGUCACUCAUGGUAUCAAUCUUAUUUAUAAUCUUGUUCUGUGUACAAAAUUGUGGUUUUUGUACCCACCAAAAGAAUAAAACAGCGGACAUUCGUACAAUAUCUACAGAGCUUAAAGUUUGUUUUUAUCAUUAAUAAAAGUUACUUGAGAAAUUAUAAGACUAUGUAGGAGGGAUUAUAGAAGUCAAGUGUGGGCCAUAUUGGAACAUGUAGCUAGCUCUUAUUAUUUCUGCAUAAUAAGCUUACCCACUUUUACAGGUGUUUGCCUUGUGAGCAGGUGAAAUUGUCACAGAUGGCGUGUUUGAAUUGGGGAACGAUCCGUUGUCAUUAACAGCAACAUACCCUGUAAUCGCGUGUUGAAAUUUUACUUGACUGUAUUUUGCUGCAUAAAAUAAUGUGUCUCUUGGGUUUCUCCCCGCCCCCAGUCCCCUUGUUCCAUUUAAAUCACUUGAAGGCACGAACAGUAAUUUGUGGUAGACCAAAAAAAAAAAAAAAAAAGAAUUUGUCCUUGUUUUUUUAACAGGAAAUGGUGACGAAAAUUACACCCGUGUUUAUUUCCCAAACCCACCUUCUGUUACGUGUGGAUUAAAUUCACAUGGUUCAAAGGAAGGUUUGGAUCCUUUGAAAUAUAAAUGAGUACUAGAGUGCCGCUAGCCAUCACACUGUGUAGCGAUCUCGGCAGAAAGCACAAGUUAGGAUGAUUUGGGAAGUGUGGCCUUGAAGGACGAGUUCCAUUUCCACAGGUGGAGAAGCCGUGGAGCGCCUUAGGGGCGAGCCAGGGUCCGGCGCGGUGC